AUGGCUGCACAGUCAGUGCCAAAAGUUGUGCUAAAAUGCACCACCAAGAUGUCUCUAAAUGAGUGCUUUACUAAUACGCUGAAGAUCAAACAGCCGAUGCCAGUGAAUAUCCAGGCUUCGAUGGGGCGGUGGCAGCAGCAGCAGCAGCAGCAGCAGCAACAACAACAGCUACCCAGUGCCAGAAACAGAAGACUAGCCCAGCAGAUGGAGAAGAGAACCUCUGUCCAGGCAGCAUUAAAACUUAAGCAGAUCUUAAAGCAGCAUCUGGGUGAGAGUAACAUCCAGGCAUGUUUAUGCCGACCCACAGGUGCCCUGGCCAGGGAAGUAAUUGGAGGAAGAGGCCUACUCGUAAUCCAGAGAGACUUGCCCCGAGGAGGACUACGUGGGGGACGUGCCACCAGAACCCUGCUUAGGGGUGGGAUGUCACUCCCAGGUCGGGGUAUGAUAGGUUGGAGAAGAGGCCGAGGUCAUGGCAGAGGGAGAGGUGUCCUCACGUGCCCUGUAUGGACAACCAAUUGGAUGCGUACAUAUGAAAAACUAAAAGACAGCUGGAUGCUGAGUUGGAGGCCUACAUAG